CUCGGCUGCUGGCGUUGCUAUCGCCAGUUCUUGAAUCUUUGUCAGAUCUCCCUCAUGCGCCAUGCGCCCUCUCGGAGACAGAUUGCAAAGCAUUCACCGCAAUGGCUCAGAGGUCCGUGGGGAUCACCAGAUUUUUCUGGAAAGAGCGGCAAGCUCAUUGGCAGCUUCGGUUAUGGAAUCCUCCCAAAUGCUGAAAUCCGUAGGUUCCCAGUCUAAGCCGUCCAAAGCAUAUGAUGUUGCACGCUCUGGUUUAGGUGUAGUUGCUCCAGCCCAACUGCAGCUGCAACCGCAUCAGAUAUCCCAGGCACCCUAUUCUGAGCAGCUAAGCAGCUACCCGAGCGUGUGGAACGGUAGCACCGCAUGGCAGGCAGCACCAAAAUACCGGGGUUCCGCCAGAGAGUUGUUUGCAGCAUUGCAAACGUCCCAGUCCGGCCUUGCAGCAUUACCAGUGAAAGGUGAAAGGCAGUCCAGCUCUUCCAGGUCUCCAUCACCGCGAGCGACAUCAGCCGCAGGAAAUAGCGCAACUGCAGAGGGCAACUCUCCGCGAAUGGUCAGUGUAAAGGACUUCCAGAGAGGUGCGCCUCUUGUGGCACCUGCACAAUUGCUGCCAUUCCCAGGUGAUGGGAAUUCUCCGGGCAGGCGAAGGCGACUUGCUGAGAUGACCGGUGGACGAUCGAAUAUCCUUGAUCCAGCGAGGGGUGUGCCCAGACAGCAGAAGGAGCGAGAAGAUCUAGCCGAUGGAGUCACCGCCAUGAUCUUUCCGGUUCAGUGCGAGAUUGGCCCAUUAAAGACCACACCUGUUGCGGAAUGCUCUAGCUUUGACGUCCUCCUGGAGCGUCUGGUUGAGCACCCAGAGUCCUGCCUUGCGGAUCCCUUGGCUCUCUUUCGGGCACCGGUGUGCGCCCCUGCCCCGCACAUGCCAGGACUGCCUGGACGUUUGCUUGGUGAAAAGAGCUUGCGUGCCGUGCCCACGGUCGUGCAGCACACCCCUGAGGACUUGCGGGUGUUGCUCGACGAUUUGCCUUGCAGAAGCCCGCCGGCGGCGUGCGGGGCCUCGUCAUGGGCGACACCUUCCGCCGCCUUGUCGCUCGCCCAACAGUUCGCGGGCGAGUUCGCGGCCGUUUCGGCCCCCUUCCAAUACGCCCUGGCAGCCCGAGCUGGUGCGGAAUCACUCGCACGAGGGGUGCGGCUGGCCACUGAGCUGGACCCGCGCACAUCCGUGCUGAGCAUCCGUGGGGGCUUACGAUCAUUUACGAUCACAUCUCCUGGGCCUGCAUGUUGCAAGGCCUGCAAGACGAACGGGUCGCGCCCCUCCUUCCGUACGUCGCGCAGUUUUAAGGCCGCCGAGAAGGCAGAGCCGCCUGCUAAAAUCGAAACCUCGGCCGAAGACUAUGCUUUGCUACAGCAGUUGAAAGAGCAGAAAGUGCAGCCAGAUCGACAAUCCUCUUCGGAACGGCAAUAG